CAUCUAUAUACUUGUACCAGAUCAAUGAAUUAGCCUAUAAAGACCAAGUAUUCCUUGGAGUUGUUGUAUAACCAGGCUUAUAUAUUAGCUAUUAAUCUUCAGUUGACAUGCACAUCCAAAUGUCUUCUUUCCUCUUAGCUUCGCUUGCACUUUUGUUUUGCAUCUCCUCCUUGGAGAAGAGCUUUGCCUUUCAAGCAACAAAGGAAAGCAACAAUCUUCGUCAACAUCAUUUUGUUCACCUCAACUCUCUAUUUCCAUCAUCUUCUUGCAGCUCUUCUGCCAAAGGUCCUAAAAGGAAAGCAUCAUUAGAAGUGGUGCACAAACAUGGCCCAUGCUCCCAACUAAAUCAUAGUGGCAAAGCAGAGGCUACAAUAUCACACAAUGAUAUUAUGAACCUAGACAAUGAAAGGGUAAAGUAUAUUCAGUCCAGGCUCUCUAAGAAUUUGGGUGGAGAAAAUAGAGUGAAGGAAUUGGAUUCAACUACCCUACCCGCCAAGUCUGGUAGACUUAUUGGGUCUGGAAACUAUUAUGUUGUUGUUGGUCUUGGUACACCCAAGAGGGACUUGUCACUCACUUUUGACACAGGUAGUUAUCUUACAUGGACUCAGUGUGAACCCUGUGCUGGUUCUUGCUACAAGCAGCAAGAUCCAAUCUUUGAUCCAUCAAAGUCUUCAUCGUAUACCAAUAUCAAAUGCACAUCUUCGCUCUGCACUCAAUUCCGUUCUGCGGGAUGCUCCUCAUCCACAGAUGCAUCAUGCAUAUAUGACGUCAAAUACGGUGACAAUUCCAUCUCCCGCGGCUUCUUGAGUCAGGAGCGCCUUACCAUCACCGCCACCGACAUCGUCCACGACUUCCUCUUUGGCUGUGGCCAAGACAACGAGGGCCUCUUCAGGGGCACCGCCGGCCUCAUGGGCCUCAGCCGCCACCCCAUUUCCUUUGUCCAACAAACCUCCUCAAUUUACAACAAAAUUUUCUCCUACUGUCUCCCCUCCACCCCCAGCUCCCUUGGCCACCUCACCUUCGGCGCUUCCGCCGCCACCAAUGCUAACCUCAAAUACACUCCCUUUUCCACAAUCUCCGGCGAAAACUCCUUCUACGGUCUCGACAUCGUCGGCAUCUCCGUUGGCGGCACCAAACUCCCUGCUGUCUCCUCCUCCACCUUCUCCGCCGGUGGCUCCAUCAUCGACUCCGGCACCGUGAUCACGCGGUUGCCUCCGACCGCGUACGCCGCGCUCCGGUCGGCAUUUCGGCAGUUUAUGAUGAAGUACCCCGUUGCCUAUGGGACCCGCCUAUUUGACACGUGUUAUGAUUUCAGUGGGUAUAAGGAGAUUUCAGUUCCGAGGAUAGAUUUUGAAUUUGCCGGUGGCGUCACGGUGGAGUUGCCACCGGUGGGGAUACUCUAUGUGGAAAGUGCGCAACAAGUGUGUUUGGCUUUUGCUGCAAAUGGGAAUGGCAAUGAUAUUACGAUAUUUGGGAAUGUGCAACAAAAGACACUAGAGGUCGUGUAUGAUGUUGAGGGUGGGAGGAUAGGGUUUGGUGCUGCUGGGUGCAACUGAAGUUAGUUUGAUUAAUAGUGGUGUUAAUUAAACAUGCUUUGGGCUUGUUAGGGAGGAAGAAAUCUUAAUUGGCUCUGGCAUUUUUAAUUACUAUUGUUGUUGUUACUGGAAAGUACUCUAAAACAUAUGAAAAAAUAAAUAAAGGAAAUGAUGUGGGAAAUAUGGUGUAACAUGUAGAAUGGAGGGGGUGUUAUAUUAUACAUAUGACUCCCAACCAUUGGGGUUGCUUGCAAUUGCACAUACAUGGCUAAUACUACCUAUGGUUUUAUAAUA